AUGUAUGCUUUAGAUGAGACACGAAAUGGGCUUCUUCCAAAAAUGACACGUCGAGCUGAUCAGAAGCAAGUAAUCAAGAGAGCCGCAUUUCAACGUUUUAAAAAGCUUACAGAGAGACAAACAGAUAUUGAAAAAGGAAAGGAUAUGGUACAAACAAUGCAUGGACGUGUGAUGCAAGUGGCAGGAUGUUUGGUCCUGGUUUAUUUGACAUCUACUGUCAUGAUAAUGAUGAAUCCAUCAAAGACUGGAUACACCGGCUUUUUACUCCUAAAUAAUGGUACAUACUUGAAAUAUUCUCGGUCAAACAAAUUCAACGUAACCAUGAAAACUACAGAUCAGAAUAAAUUACAAUUUCCUAGAUCUAUCACACGCGUAAAAACAUAUUCUGAUAAUAGACAGCAACAGCAGCAGCACCACCACCACCACCAACAACAGCAGAAACAGGAAGUGCGUCAUAUAGGAUUCUUGAAAGUUCACAGAGCAGCAAGUUCUACUAUGCAAAAUAUGUUCUUCCGAUUCGGACUAAAACGCAAUUUAACGUAUGUAUUUACAAAGCAUCCGAAAUACUUUUCCAGAUCGGCCGAAAUGCACUUACCGUUAGUGAAACCCCGAUAUAGAAAAGGAUAUGAUAUCCUUUGUAACCAUGGUGUUUUCAAUUACGAUAUUUACUCCUCUCUUCUACCGAAAGAUACCGUUUACCUGGCUAUUGUUAGAGACCCUCUUGCAGUGUUUAUUUCAGCCGUUAACUAUUACUCUCAGAAAUCGCAGCAAAUUGAUUACAUUGCACGAAUUAGAGGGAACAGGCUACAGGAACUUAUUCAAAGACCAGAAGUGUAUGACAGGGAAUUCUUCUCGUAUACUAAAAACGUGAUGGCACGAGACUUUGGGUUUCCGGAAACUAUUGAUCAAAGCCAAAUAGACUCGAAGCUAAAAGAAUUAGGUCGCAUUUUCAAACUUGUCCUCCUUAGUGAACAUUUUGAAGACUCUCUCAUAUUAAUGAAACGAUAUUUUAACUGGAAACUGAAAGACAUCUUGUUUCUACCAAAUAACGUUUACGGAAAAGGGCAAACAGGAGUAGAUCUUACAUUAAAUGAUACAGAACAGUUCGAAAUACGAAAUCAACUCGAUUACUCUGUAUACAAUUAUUUCUACAAGAAAUUUUGGGAUCAGUUUAAUGAGGAAACAGAUGACAUUGUCUCAGAAAUAAAACAAUUUAAAAGUGUUCUAUUUCAUCUCAAAACUUUCUGCAGUAAUAAAAUUGAAUUUCCUGAAAACGAUGACAGUGUGCUGACAGUGGAAGAAUCGAAAUGGACUGAACAAUUUACUGUAAAAUCUAAAGACUGUAAAUAUAUGACCAUGGACGAGUUAAAGUUUAUUGAACUUUUACGCAAAAAACAAGGAAGCGAACUACAGAUUCCAACUGUUGUGUAACAAUAUAUAUCUGUAUGAUUGAUAGCUUUAAUAAAACGUUUUAAUACCUGAACAUUUACAAAAAAGCUGAAAUUUAAGAUACUGACUGGCACGGAGGAUACACAUGUACUUCCAAGAAUGGAAGAAAUAUGAUGACAUGGAAGACAUUUGCAUGCUCAGAAUACUUACUUGCACAGAGGAUACUCAUUGGGACAAUGCACAGGACACUUUAUCGUGGUUGUGUAUACAAUGUAAGGAUUCGAGUUCACAGAUGUCAUUGCAAAAAUCAUUCAAGUAAAAAACAACACAAAAAAAACAACAAAAAACUAGAGUUAUGAGAAUAAAUGGACAAACAUUCUGCUGCAUUUUUCAAUUGUUUAAAAUGUGCAGUUGAGACAUCAAAUUUAUAUACCUUUCGAAACAGUUUCUACCAAUGCACGCAAUAUCUUGAAUUUAACCACGCAUACAUCGAUUAUUUCGUAUAUAUUUGGUUUUACAAUGUAAUACUGGGGUUUUGUUAUAAAAUUUCAUAUAUAGUAAGCA